UUUACAUCAAGUAUUGAAAAUGGAAACAAUAAUAUGAAAACAGCCAAGUUAAAGAACCAAAAAUUGAACACUUUUGUGAAUGUUUUGGAAAAAAAGGAAUGCCAUCUAAAGAAGAUAUUAAGAAUCAAAAACAGAAUGAGAUAAAUGAACCGUUAUUUAUAGAAAAAAAUUUAACUAGUAACUCUUUGAAGCAAUCAGUAUCAAAAAUUAAUAAAAACGACAAGCGAUAUAAAUUGAAGUCAAGCAAAACGGGAAAUUGUGUGCAAAAUGAUAAAAGCGACACCGAUUUGGUUUCCUCAUGUAUAGAAGAAUUAGUUGAUUCUAAUAAUAAAGAAAUAAUAUCACCAGCUACGAUUACCAAGAGUGUUUCUAAAUUGUGUUCUAAACAAAACUUAACAGAUUACUCAAUUGCUCAUGAUAAUACAAAAGCAUUACAUUUAUUUAUAACUAAGGGUCAAAGCUGUACAAAUAAAAAUACAGCUAGAAGGAAAUCUUCGCAUAAAACUCUACAUGAAAAUAAUAAUUUUAUUGCUACUGGAUUUAAACAGAAAACUAAAGAAACAUUGUCGACAAAGAACAAUCAUGCUCACUUACAACCUAAAACUAAUCAAGACGAUAUCUUGAAGAAAAAG